AUUGCACUCGCCCUUUUUUAGUCUUUCUUCUUGUCCAAAAUUGCUCUCGAAAUCAUGUGUUUACCUUUACUAAUUAUGCUAUCUUCAAAUUUAAAGCUUGCUGGAGUUAGGCGAAUCGCUAUCGGUAUCGGGAAAGGGAUUGGUUAUGGUGAACUUAAAGAAAUUGCUGGCAGUAAUGAGAAUGUCAUUCAAGUACAUUCGUACAGUGACCUUAUCAGCAGACUGGAGAAAAUCAUGAAAAUGGCAUGUGACAACCAAGCCCUAGGUACAUUUCGAUAAAAGUCUUUAAAAAUCAGUAUACGUCAAUAAUUAAAAGGCUUUGGAUCUGGAAGAAUGAAAAGGGGGAAACACAUGUAAGGAAAUCCAUUGCAAGACAGUCGGCUUCUAGACAGAUUUUACAAGUUCCACGUUGUAGAUUUCGGAUUACAGUCGAGUACUGGUAUCCUAAUUCUUUGAGAGUGGAAAUGGGAUUCUGAAUUCCAAUUCUUAGUGGGAUUCCUGAUUCCUUGAGAUUUAUCGCAAAUUCUAAAGCCUUGGAUUCCACAAGCUAAAAUUUCCCGUAUUCCAGAAUCCCCAUUCCCUUGCAUGGGACAAAACAACCAAGAUUCAAAUAGUAGUGGCUAGUAUAUGUUUUAGCCCGGGGUGAGGGGGUAGUACCUUAUUUGACCUGGGCAGGAGUCCACAAACUGAGCAAACAACUUCCAUACCCUCGUGUCACAGCGUUUUACAGACAACUCUAUUUUUAGAAAGGUUUUGGGGUGACUUUUGAAUAUCUUUUGAAUUCCACAAAUCAGUCAGCAAAACCUGACAGACCUAACAAUGAUAUUUUUUCCCUUUUAAUAACGUUUUUAGUUUUUUUCCUUUUUAAAGGGACUGGUUCACGAUAAUGCGCAUGCGCGCCGGUUGUCUCUUCAGAAUAAAUUUGUCGGGUCAACACUAAAUUCGAAAUCGCCAUUACCGGUACAAUCAUUGAAAAUCCUUCGUUUUAUUCGGACAUCCGUCGCUUUGGCUGCUCUAGUUGUACUUUGGUAGUGGUGAUUAACGUGUGGUUGUGUCGUUUGACUGGUUACGUUUUAAGAAGACGCAAAAAAUAAUGUUUUGAUCAUGGAGGUUCAGAAGAGCAUCGUGGCCGUCCGGCAACAGGACGUUCUCAAGAGUCUCUGGAGAUAGAGAAGCUGCGCCUAUCGAUCUGGUAUGGUUCUAGGAGUAGUGUGUGGCAAACGAAAAGAAUACACGACACUGCUUUGAAAGUGGUUAAAGGCAUGAGUUCGUUCAACUUUGAUUUGAUUUUUGACUCUGACCUGUAGUUAUACCGCAACAGGCCGGGCGAUCCUCCCCGAUCUGGUACACUUGAAAUGUUCCUUGUAUCUUUGCUUUACGAUCGUUUAAGAAUUGAUGUUUUUAAAAUAAAUUAUUGCCUGAAUGUUCUGUUUAUAAUCUAGUUUCUUUAUGUGUGCUACUCGAUAACAUUUGUUUUGCGGAGCCCUGACCCGAUGCAACGCGAAUGAAUUUGUUCAUUUGCUGAUAAGCAAUUGAAAUUUAGGCUCAAUUAAGGAUAAUCUUUAUACUCAUACGUUGUGUGUUUUUGUCACCGGUCAGGCGCUAUUUGUAGGUAUUUCUGGGUUUAUAUAAGGCGAACUGAGAGAACAGUAAUAAGAUGUUUGUUUACAAAUUUUGUUUGCCGAUCGGUGACUGUUUUGUUAGCGUGGGUACGACCUCGUAAAAAUACACGUUUGUCAAUCUUUGUUUCAAAGCAGGACAGGGCUGUAAAUCUUAUUCUUAUCGGCAGCAACAUAUAUCUGAGGAGUAGCAAAGAAUAAACUUGAAUUAUGGGGAUAAAUAAAAUCAAACCAAAUGCCCGGGAAUACCCUCGCGUCGCGAACAAUUAAGAGUGUGUCCAUGAGAGAACCAGGCAGGAGGUGAUAAUGCUCAAAUCACGGAUUUCGCUCAAACUUGGCACAAUUGAUGGGUGUGGUGAGAUAUUAACCUCGACAAAAAAUAAGGUCGCAAUAUUAAAUUCCCUGGGAUUUACAGGGACCCCCCCCUAAAAACGACAAAAUCUACUCAUUUUUGCAUAAUUAAUUAGCUGACUUUGGUUUGGCUGUUCAACAAGAAGAAAAGACAACUUCAAAUCUAAUCAACUUUAUCAUCUUCUAUGUUUAUCAAACUUAAUGCUCAGUAUUUUAUUUUUACUCUCUAAUUCGAUCUCUUCCUAUUAUUUAGCCUAAAGUAAGGACAUCUUGUCACUGUUUUGACCAAACCCUAAAUUUAAGGUAUUUUAGUGGCUAACAUCUCCCAUGAGCAACAACCUAUGUACGUAAUUCUCACAUAUUCUUUGAAAGACAUCUUUAAGGUUAUCAAAUCAAUCAUAAAAUAUUUGGGCAAUCUUAUACUUUAUCAAUAAUGACGUAUUAUGUACAUCUGACUUGACGCUCUUAUUUGUCAUUUGACCAAAAUUGGAAGAAACGUAACAUUCGUUUUUUUAAACAAAAAUAGCACAAAGUUGACGAGAAGUCACAAAUCAGAUGCGUCAUUAUCGAUACUAAUAGCGGAAUUGUUAGAACGUGUCACCUGAGGCACGUUUUCUGUGUUAUUUAUGGACGUUUGGAUGGAUAUUUUAUGGAACGCUUGAGUAAACACAAGGAGCAAAAGAGUUAGUUCAAAACUUCGAUCGGUCCAACUUGUAGGUGAAACAAGACCCAACAAGGAUAAAAGAUAGUGAAUAAAUGUUACAUACACGUCUCUCAGGUGGUUUAGUCCAGACUUGCUGCUCCAGUUUCGUCUGGUCCUUUGUGGCGUUACUUCGUGACGAGGUAAUGAAAUCGAAACAUCUUGAAACAUUGCAGAAUGAAAAGUGUCGGCUUUUCACCGACCAUUCGAAGUCUUUGAAAUAAGUUGUAGUCAGAAAGAACAAAAUCAUUCUCAAAGGACAAGAAGGAUCACUGACAAUCCGUCUAUAUCUACAGCAAACAACCACCUGCUCGAACACCCUCUAUCUUUGACUUUAGACUCUGCCAAAAAGAUGGAAUCUGUGACGCCGGACUACCGAACUCCGGAAUGCGGAAUACGCUAUCUAUUGUUGUACGCGCCAAUAUCCUGUUAUGACCGGUGUGUUGAAAAUAGGUUGUGAAAGUCGUGUUACUUGAAAUUUUGAGUUUAUUCGAUGUUGACAUUAAUUAACAUGAUAAUAAGGGUCCAUAAUAGCCCUUUUUGUAGUCAGACCGUGCCAUGCAAUUUUUGGACAAUUAAUGACUUGCCACUGGGUAUAAUUACUUACUUAGUUGUAUUUUAAUCCUCGUAGUCUUACAACUAUACAGGUUGAUAUCUGUAUCUGGGUAUAUUAUUGACUACAAAAAUAUAAUAAUAACCGUUUAUAAACGUGUUGAGGAAAAACUUCUGAGGAAUACAAAAGACCCAAAAGGGGGCACUAAUACAUUGCAAAAAAAAGUCGGCUAGACUUCUUUGGCUAUAAGGAAGGUGUUAGAGAACAGUUUCUUGAACACAGACUUAUACACUUUGACUAUAUUCACUUCUCAUUUAAGCUGUCAUUUGCGGAUUCAUACACUAGAUUAAGUUCUCUUAACGGACACUCUCGUAUAUAGUGAAUAGCUCUACUUACGACCGCCAUCACAAAAUACCGUUUCAACUCCCGCACAAACUCUGGAUUUUUACAUUCCCGUAGGCGGCCGCGGACACUUAAAGGGUUUGCCGGCGAAUUAGAUGUUAGCUUUGAUUUAAAGUUCUCCUAAGCAGACACUCGAAAGAAAUCUUAUCCACCUCUGAAUGUUGUUUUUUUUUUUUCAUAUCAUGUCCACAGUCAUAUGGUUGUUUGUCACUGUUAUGAAUCAUUCUUAUAUAUCCAUUUCAGAGUUACCGUUUUUUCACAUACUCGUCCGGUUACACUUGUUAAGAGAAACUGAAUUGUAUGCUUUUACCUAAAUUACCACAAGGCAAGAACAUCAGCGUAACCAUACACUAAAAAACAGUUUUUUGCUAUUACCAGUGUUAAUUUGUAGCUGGGAGGAGCUUCCGUAAGCGGCUAUCUAACCUUUACACCACUUUUAAAGUGGCUGAAUUCCACUUGCAUAACUAUGCUGCAUAUGAGAUUCAUUCUUGUAAGCGGCCAGAUCCAGUUAAGGACACCUUUUUCCCGUCCCGAGGGCGCCCUCGUACGAGAGCUUCCUCUGUAUUACAAUUUUAGGAUUUCUCUUACAUUUUAACAAAUUUUCGCUUAACGAGGCACAGUCAAACCUACGUGCGACCACCCAACUUAAGUGACCACUUCCCAAUAAGCGAUCACUUAUUCAACACACCAAAUAUAUUAUCAAGUCAAAGCGCUUGUAGUUGGAACCUCCUGUAAACGAACACAUCCACAUCCAGUAAGCGACCGCGACCACUUUUUACGAUGACAGUCUGAUUGAGAAUUUUCCAUGAUGCAAUGGUCUGAUCUCUGCGUUCCCUGUAUGUCCUAAGCUACUCGGAGUAUGAGAGGAACUUUAGAAACAAAUUAGAUUUAUCUAUAGUAUAUUGUAACUUAAAAAUUGCAUGCAGUACAUUCACUCCAAAAAUAGAUGUGUCCGCACUUUUCCUCGUUAAAGACCUCCUGCAGUUUGACUCGCGUAAAACCCAAAUUUUCCUUGGGCAACCCCAUGGGCAUUAUUUACUGGGUGUCUUCCGACCACGCACGGACCGGAACAUCAAAUGUCUGUAACUUAAUUGUUGUGUCUGUCCAUAAUUCAACAUCUGCAUGCCUCAGCACGGCACACGGCUGGGCACUAAACUGGUUUUGGUGCCCAAGAGUACGCAAAAAGGCCCUUCCGAGAUCGAUGUCUAGGACGAGAAAAUUGACCUUACCUGGGUAGGGUGAGAAAUUUGAAAUCGAAGUAUUACAGUUGAAGUAUCUCUCGAAGGGAAUGUGGGAAGGGUGUUAAACAUAUGGAAGCGGUUGUUUGAGAAAAAUAUAUAACUCAAUGUGAAAGUGUGGUGUAUUUUGAAUUCUACUUGGGAACAUUAGUGCCACAGUUAGGCUUUAUAAGAGCCCCAAAAGACCGUGCGAGAUAAAAAAAUUCUCUGUUUAUGACAGUCAAAUCUGGUGUCAGCAGGGUAGGGCAUUUGUACGCAACUUGGACACUCCCCCGGGGAUAAGGGACUCCAGUAUGAAAAAAAAUGGAAUUCUUGUCGCACGCCAAUCUGGACGUGUCUCACGCUUUAUUUGUCUCUUUGAACUGGUCUGCACCAACAUCCAGCUUCACUUCGCUGCUAUUUCACGUGCAACUAAAAUAGAAAAAAUAGUUCUUUCCAAAACACGAAGACAAAACGACUUCUAUCUCCGAGUUUGAGAAGACAUGGGAUCAUUUAUAAUCAUGGUCUGAAUAAAGUUGCCAAUAGAUUUGGAAUUCUAAAUUAUUUAUCAGCAUACAAUAACAAUAAAAUAAUCUCAGAGAAUGUCGGAAAGUCAUUUUGUUCACUGAACUCUGGCUCCUGGCUCCUGGCUCCUGGCUCCUGGUUCCUGACUCCCGAUACAAUGUUUCCGUAUGGUGGCAACCGCUGCUUAAAAAUGCGGGCUCCAUUUAAUGUCAAAGAUGUCGGACGUUUGCAACAUGUGAAUUGCGCUACAACAGUGGCAGAAAUAAUUCUUUCAAUGGGUUAAGGAUCGGCUUUCUACCUUUCGUAUUGUUUUGUCCUAAAACAACUUGAUUUGGAUUUUGGUGCAUAAACUGAUGGCUAAGGAAUUUUAGUCGUACAGCGAGUCACGACGCUGAACUACGCUGAACUGGACAUCGAAGGUGGCAUGAAGAACAAAUCAAAGCGGGCACAAACUAGCAGUUGAGACAUCUAAGAGAUACGUACAUGGAUUUUAUUGAUCGUUUAUUAUUGUUUUUAGGGCGAAAUUGUUAAAGUAAGUAGAACUGUGAAUUAAAUCUUUGUAUUGUAUGUUGUUUUUACUUGAAAAGAUCGCGUAUAUAGCUAUCAAAAAUCAUCGUUAGCGUUUCUUGCACAACAAUUUUUAUGAUUUUACCCUUAUUAAUGUUAAAUCAUUGUCUGAUGAGUUUUUUGGUUCGAUUUCUCCUCAUUCAAAAGGCAAACACACGAAUAUUGUGAGGGCCUGAAUUUUGAUGAAAUAUGCAAAAGUCGUUGAGUCACAUGAACAGUUUAUGUCAACACAUGGAAGAAAGUGAAUUGCCCAAACUUUUUAUGAUCUUUUUCUCAACUUAAGUGAUGGCUUUAACUACUCAUGCAAAAGUUGUAAAGAUAAGCGGUUGCUCAUCAGAGAUAUUUGGGAAUAAAAUACCCUAAUUUUACGUCUUACUCAAAACUUGGAAAUGAUGACCCAACUUAAGGGGGCUAAGAGGGGGGAAAUCGAAUCGGCGACUUUAAACAGUGUAUUGUGCUUAAAGUCUUAUGAUGUCUGAUUAUCUCUCAGUGCGUUUAAGUUCCAGGUGGCUUUUCUGUUUGUUGCACUGGCAUCGUAAAGUUAGCUAAUUAAUUAUGCAUAAACGGGCAAAAUGGCGAUUUUUUACAGGGGGAGCCCGGAUCUCCCAGGGAAUUUAAUAUUUUGACCUGACAUUCUGUCACAUAAGCUAACUCCUGAUACCUAACAUUUGUGCCAAGUUUGAGCGAAAUCGGUGAUUUGAGCAUUAUCACCCCUGCCUGGUUCUGCCUGGUUUUCUCAUGGACACACUCUUAAUUUGAAUUUUGUAAAUUUACUUGCGUGCAUCUAACUCGCUUCCGAUUGGUUGAAAAACAAUCAGCUACUGUCAGAACUCACACAUGCGCAUUAUCGUGAACCAGUCCCUUUAAUAUCUUAUACUUCGAAAGCGAUCAUAGACAUGGUGGAGUUUCUAUUUUCCUGUCCUAAAAUGUGUCUAAAAAUAAACCUGUCCGUAAAAACGCCGUGACGUAGGCCUAGUAAGGAAUUUCUAACAAACCUAAAAUAUUUCGCCAUUGUUUGGCUAUAAGAGUUAAUAUUUGUGUACUUAGAUUGGACAUCGUCAUGUGUAUGCUUUAACAUUGACAAUCAAGGGUGAUGAAAUUACUCCUCAAUUUUGGCCCCAAAGUUAAGCGUUAAUUUACAAUUUCACACGUGAAAUUACAUUAUUUUGCCUUCAGUUGGUAAUGUUCCGUACGUCUCAGUACCAAGAUGCGUCGAAGUUUUAAAAUGUAUGAAUAAGAUGUCAGGGCUUUAAAAGAUGCUCUAGAAAUUAACCUACACGCUCGAAAGCGCGCUUUCAAAAGGAUUCUAUUUUGUCCAAAAAAUUCGGAAACUUGUAACUACUAAAUUCAGUAAUAACGGAUCUUUGUUUUUAUAGAUUUGUAUAUAUUGCGUUAGUUUUAAUUCCCUCCCUAUUUUUAAUCAUUAUGAAUAAAAUAGUUUAAUAGUUGCUUUAGUUUUAAUUUGUCCUUUUUUACUCAUCGUAAAUAUAUAGGGGAUAUUACACGGUGACGCGAAGAUAUGAAUUUUAUUUUAGAGUGGCAAAACAAUAUUUUACGAACGAGCGCAGCGAGUCAGUAAAAUAUUGUUUUUGCCACGAGAAAAUAAAAUUCAUAUCUUCAAGCCGCCGUGUAAUGUUCUUUUUAUUAUAUAGACAAAAAGAUAGAGGGAAAUGACCGAAAUUACGUCAUCGAUAAACUCAAGUGUGAGAUUAUGGAAAAUAAACCACUCGGGUCCCGGAUGUUGUUUUUAUGAAUUUUACGAGUGGUAUAUUUUCUAGUAAAACACUCGUGUCUAUAUAAUAAAAUAGGAUAUGGUUGUAAAUUUGUAAAUAUUUUUUUAAUAAUUUUGUUUACAUGACUGUAAAGCGCCUUGAACAUAAUAUAAGACCGCUAUAGAAAUAAAGUUAUUAUCAUUAUUAAUAAGCUCUCGAUACGAUCAUGAACAAGUAAAACAAAAAAAACAGUGUGCGUAAUUUGUCACCGAUGAUAUUAAUAGGUAACACAAUGGUAAACUGGGAUUUAAGGAAACAAUCUCACCUGCAUUUUGCACAUAUUCUGAUUAUUUCCCUCGUCUAAAGGCUCUUUGUUAAUAACCUUAACACUAAGAAUUUAAUAUUUUUUCAUUAUUAACCUUACACAACAUAAGUAAGUGUUAAUGUUCAUUAUUAACACUGGGAUUUUCGUUUACUUUUUCUUGAGAAGAACCUUGUGAAGACAGUCCUAGUAUGCAGUCAAAAUGUCCAUCAAUGGCG